UGCAAUAAAACAUCAAUGGGCCAUAAGGCCCUUAAUCAAAUGUGAAAGGCCAGUAAUAAUAAUCAGGAGAAAAGCAUGAGAGAUAAGGGAGAUUAAUCAACAUGUGAAUGUGAAUUAAGAUAAUCAGCAGCAUUAAUAAUUGUGAUUUUCUUUUGGUGGGGUUUUAGACAAGUGAUAGUGUGUUUCAACCUCUAAAAAACCUCAUUGGUUCACGUGUCAUACUUACAAAUACUAAUUCUACUGCUCUAUCUUUAGAUUACAAAUGUAAACACUAACCAAUAUGUUUUUCAAUUUUCGUACUGAAUUUGUUCCUUCAAAGUAAAGUGCCCAAUAAUAUUUUCCAUUUUUUAUAUAUAUAUAAUCUCCAUCUCUAUAUGAAUUGAUGGAACUACCACCACAACAAUGACUAUAGCCACCUUUAGAACCACCUAUAUACAACAAGAAACACCAUUUGCAUCUUCUUGGAACCCUCUCUGACAUAAAAAUUGUCUGCAAAUGCAUAUAUCAGAAAAUCUUCUGUCUGCCACUAGCAUGGCUUUACCAUUCCUCUUCUUUUCUUCCAUUUCCUCAAGCUUUAUUUGUUGAGACAAAGUGGAGGAUUUUCCCUCCACGUUUUUACCACUCUCUUUUAUAAGCUUUAAUUAGAAUUAGAUGCAUAAGCUUCUUGCUUAUCCCUUUAUCACAGCUUCAAAAUGAAAAGGCAAGGAAAAAGUGGUCUAAAGUCUGACUAUAAAUAUGGCCAGGUCCAUAGUAUUCAACUACAUGAAUUGAAAACUUAACUACUACCUCUUUUGUAGCCUUAUUGAGGAUCCAAUUUCGUACUCAUAAUAACAUGUCACUUUCCAGAGCCAAAAACUUCUUCCAGAGGUUCUGGUCAAAUGAAUUGGAAAUCGGAAGUUUUACACAUAGCAGUUUUUUGUCUAGUGAUCUUCUACCGUCUCUUGGCGCCCGAAUAAACCGGGAAACUAGACUACAAAAACACCUAAUCUCCCCAUUCAAUCCUCACUAUAGGGCUUGGGAGUUGUUACUGGUUGUUCUAGUCAUAUACUCAGCUUGGAUUUGUCCCUUUGAGUUUGCCUUUCUGACUUAUAAGCAAGAUGGACUAUUCAUCAUAGACAACAUUGUCAAUGGCUUCUUCGCCAUCGAUAUCAUACUUACAUUCUUUGUUGCGUACCUCGAUAGCCAUUCUUAUCUUCUCAUUGAUGAUCCAAAGAAAAUCGCAAUCAGGUACAUAUCCACCUGGUUUGCUUUUGAUAUCUGCUCAACGGCACCACUUGAGCCCAUUAGCCUCCUCUUCACUAAUCGUAACAGUGAGCUCGGCUUCAAAGUUCUUAACAUGUUUCGACUAUGGCGUCUGAGGCGAGUCAGUUCCCUGUUUGCAAGACUUGAAAAGGACAUUCGCUUCAAUUACUUCUGGAUUAGGUGCACGAAGCUCAUCGCUGUAACCUUGUUUGCAGUGCACUGUGCUGGAUGUUUUAACUAUUUAAUUGCUGAUAGGUAUCCUGAUUCCAAACGAACCUGGAUAGGUGCUGUGUAUCCAAAUUUUAAAGAAGAAAGUCUUUGGGACAGAUAUAUAACUGCGAUAUACUGGUCAAUUGUCACGCUUACUACCACCGGCUAUGGAGAUUUACAUGCUGAGAACACCAGAGAGAUGUUGUUUGAUAUUGCUUACAUGUUGUUCAACUUAGGUUUAACAUCAUACAUCAUUGGAAACAUGACUAACCUUGUAGUGCACUGGACCAGCCACACCAGAAACUUUAGGGAUACUGUCAAAGCAGCUUCUGAAUUUGCUUCCAGAAAUCAUUUGCCAAAUCGCGUACAUGAUCAAAUGUUGGCACACAUAUGUUUGAGGUUUAAAACAGAAGGACUGAAGCAGCAGGAAGCAUUAAAUGAUCUUCCGAAGGCAAUUCGAUCGAGCAUCGCACACCAUCUCUUUUUUCCUGUCGUGCAGAAGGUCUACCUCUUCCAAGGAGUCUCCCAUGACUUCCUUUUCCAACUGGUUUCAGAAAUGGAAGCAGAGUAUUUCCCACCAAAGGAAGAAGUGAUACUGCAAAAUGAGUCUCCUACCGACAUUUAUGUGCUGAUUUCAGGGGCAGUGACUCUUGUUCGCAGCAUUGAUGGCCAUGAUCAAAUUCUUGGCAAGGCAAUUGCAGUAGAUACAUUUGGAGAGUUUGGAGUUUUAUAUCAUGUACCGCAACCUUUCACAGUUCGGACCACAGAGCUUUCUCAGAUUUUAAGACUGAACAGAACAUCCUUAAUGAAUGUUUUAAAAGCAAAUCCAGGAGAUGCACAGAUUAUAAUGGAUAACCUUUUAAUGAGAUUAAAGGGGAAUGAAGGAUCCAGUUUGGAAUAUCCACAUACCGAUCCUGGAUCAGUUCUACAUAAACCGCUUCACGGAGGUAACACAAUAGAAAGCUCUUCUGACGAGUCUACAAAUAAUUUAUAUGGCCAUUCCUCAAUGCAUGAAGGAGAGUAUAUAAAUAUCAGAGACUCAGAGAAUAGUUUGCAUAAAGUGACUAAUGAUGUUCAUAUAGUCACUAAUAACAUAAUACCUGAGGUUGGAAAAGAAGAUCUCCAUGCCGCUGUGUUGCCUGCGCAUAAGGGGAAACUAGACAUUGUUGAAAUUCUGCUCGAAAGAGAUGCAAAAGCAAAGAACCCAAAUGCCAUAGGGUUGACACACAAAGCUCUAGUACAACAAUUAAAAAACAAGAGCGUUUCUGACCGUAAAACGAAUUGUGAAAGCGAGAAGAAAUCGGACGAACAUAGAAUAGAGAUUGUGGAGCCACAAAUCCUUAACCAUUGCAGGAAUGGCUCAACCAGAAAUAGUAGACAGGAUGGUAUUAGAACUAAUAACUUCCCAUUUGAGAAAGUAUACACAGACUCCAAUACAAGAAAAUCUAAUUGUCCAAGUCAUAUAGAAAUGGCAAGGUUCAACAAGAAGAGGGUAACAAUCCAUUUGCUAAGUGGAUGGCAAAGUAACUCGCAUGGACAGCAUGGGAAACUGAUAAUCCUACCUGAUUCAUUAGAAGAACUGCUCAAAAUUGCUGGAGAAAAAUUUGGCGGCUUCAACCCCACAAAAGUAAUUAAUAAAGAGAAUGCAGAGAUAGACGACAUUGAUGUCAUUCGAGAUGGCGAUCAUCUCUUUCUUCUAGGCACUGAUAGUGACUAUUUGAGUGCAUGAUGUUACCAUUGUAGAUAGGAAGAUAAGUAGUACCUUUAGAAAUGUAAUGACAAUGGUAUAAUCAACUUUUGAAAAAUUAAAAUGCCAAGCAUCCAGCAAGAUAUUGGAAAAUCAUACAAUUCAAAUUACAAAAGCUGCUCUUGGUUUAUGAUCGUUGAAACAAAAUUUACAGUCU